AUGGCCGCCAACUACUGGGCAUCGUCCCAACGUCGACACUGGCUGUUUUCCAGAGAGAAGUUAGCAGACAUUCGUGAUGGAUUGUGGGAAAAGGACAAGGUUGCCCAUUCGCAGUUCCCGUUGCCAGAUCAACGCCUCCUGAAUAUCUAUUUCAACCAACAGCUCAUCAAGCUUGGAAAGCGCAUGUCCACUAGACAGCAGGCCAUUGCGACGGCACAGGUGUAUUUGAAGAGAUUCUACACCAAAAAUGAGAUUCGCCAAACAAAUCCAUACCUGGUGCUCACCACCGCCUUUUAUCUGGCCUGCAAGAUGGAGGAGUGUCCACAGCAUAUUCGAUUCGUGGUUAGCGAGGCACGCGGUCUAUGGCCAGAAUUCAUUACUCCAGAUGUCGCAAAGCUGGGAGAGUGCGAGUUUGCUCUGAUCUCUGAAAUGAGCUCCCAACUCAUCGUGCAUCAUCCUUACCGCAGUUUGUCAGAAUUGCAAACCGAACUCCAGCUCACAUCGGAUGAAGUCGCCCUUGCAUGGUCGGUGAUCAACGAUCACUAUCUGACAGAUCUCCCGUUACUGCAUCCUCCCCACGUCAUCGCGAUCAUGGCAAUCAUUGUCGCUGUGGUCUUCAAACCUACCCACCCAACCAAUUUUACUAACUCCGGGCAAUCCGCCCUGGCGGCUUCCAUGCGAGAUGGCGGAGGCAUGCAGAUGCUAUCCGCUUUAUCAGAUAAGUCAGGAUCAGGCCCCCCUCCAAAGAUUACGAAGCUCGUGAGCUGGCUCGCGGAAAGUGAAAUCGAUAUCAAAGCCGUCAUUGAAUGUACUCAAGAGCUGGUCUCUUUGUACGAGGUGUGGGAGCAAUACAGCGAGAAGACCUGCAAGGAACUUAUUGGAAGGAUGGUCAAGAGCAAGAAUCUGGACAAGUGA